AUGCUUGUCAAUCCAUCGGGAAAAGAGGACGACUUCAAGGAGACCGACAUACGAGUAGAGCAUCACAACGAUCACGUCAAGGAACAUGCCCAUGGAUCUAACGCCUCGCCGGAAGUCCUUGAGAAGAUCACACCAGCUAUGGGCCAUGUACAGCACCUUACACGGCAAACCUUCAUUGACCUUGGUGUCGAGCUGCUCAAUCAACACCAUGCCAACGUAUCACAACACCAUGAUGUCAAAUUAACAGUUGCCCACUUUGCAAGGCAUCGGGUUUUCGACUACGAGAACGACAAGCCUUCGACCCUCCCGGUCGUUGAUCUCUAUCGCUUUGGAGCCCUUCGCUUAUCCGGACCAGACGGAGGUCAUAGCCGCCAUCUUGCUCGACACAAACUUCGCCUUCGAUCCCGCCAUGGAGAGGAAACUAAUCCUACACUCCUAGAUGCUGAUCCAGAACUCCAAACUGCAAUUGAUAAGGAUGAAAUCGACUUUAUUCUUUCCCUUACUGAAGAUGAUUUUGCAAAGUUAAUUGCAGAGGAUGAUGUCAAUAUACCAGAGUUGAACGAGUUAGGAUUGCUGUACUAG